CUCGACUCCUUAGCCUUGAUUUCUUCAAUUGUCCCUCCGCAUAUCAACUUUUUAUAAAGAAAAGCCUCUUCGCGAUGACAUUUGGAGGUGAAUUGGUAGACAAGGUCAGCCAGUUGAUUUCAACACUGGUUCCUGUGCAGGCUGACUGGCUUGCAACUCUCACUUCCUGUGCAGUACAAUAAAGCGACUUGCUUGGUCAGAGGAUUGCGAUGAAACACGCUCAGGAACGCAACCAGGAGUGCCUGCCUCCUAAGAAAAGGGACCUCCUGGUUUGUAACAGCAGUGGAGGGGCAGGAGGAGCCGGGGCUGCAGGGGGGGGCAGCAGCGGAGGUGGCAGUAGAGCUGGCGGAGGUGUUGGAGAAGAUGAUUUGGUUUCCAUCCAGAACUCUGCAGCCAACAGUGACACUCAGGGAGGAUCACCGUCGGGAGAGUGGCUGCGAGCUCAGCCAGGGCUUCAUUAUGGGAUGGAGAAUUCUGAAGGCAUGCCAGCAGUGCCAGUUGACCAGUACAGUAUGCUGUACAAAGUGGCUCUUCCCUCUGUCACCUACGCGCCUACCAGUCUUCACCCAGUGCUAAGCCAUAUCUCUCAAGCCUACACUGUACACUCCCCUCUCCUGCAGCAUCCAGGCCUUUCCUACCCUCCCCUUGGUUAUGCCCAGAUUCCGCAUUCCUCUCUCCAGUUUGUCAGUUCCCCUUAUGCAGCCGUACCUUACGCUCUACCCCCUGGCUUUGUCCCGGGAUCAUUAAUCUCUCCCUCAGGCACCAUUCCUCAGUCCCAUGCUGUCUCCCACCUUGUUCCCUACCCCUCUGUCUUACCAGAAGGUGUUGUUUCCCCACCUCCUCAGGCCCAGUUAGCCACUCAUACCUUUGCCAAAGUUUCAGCAUCAGGUGGCGUCCCACUGAUGCUACCCUCAGAGCAAUCUGCCCAGCAGCACCUUGGUGCUGUGGGAGUUCUGCCUGCAUCAGAGCUCGGCUCUCGAGGGAUGCCACUCUUCUAUCACCCUCAGGGCGCCAGGGCGGCCACCAGAGACUCCCACAGUGCCCAACAGGACAAUGAGCCAGAGAUGAAUGGAGGCGAUAAAGAGCAGGGGGCGAGGGAAGUCAUACUGGACUCUGCGUACACUGCCAGAAAUGCACGUCUGCUGCAGGUAGCAUCCAACUCUGCAGCCCAGGAGUACAGCCAGGACAGAGGAGGGCUGAACCGACGGCUGGAGGAGAGGGGUUCCCCUGGCCAGCGCAGCAGCCCAGACAGCGACCUGGAGGUUCAGCAGGUGGUUGGCCGUUUGGCUUUCUCUAGUCAAGUGCGGAAAGAGGUGUCCUUUGCUCCUUUAAACCUCUCUCAGAGAGCCAGAGAUCUCCAUGGAGAGAACACAGGCAUGAUUUCAGGUCGGACUGCGUUCCCCACUCACACUGCGAGUUACAGUGAUCCCAGGAUGGCCGCUCUCCAGCAGCAAGCAGGACCACCCGGCCACGCUGUGGUGCUGGCCAAUGGGCAACCAGUUCUGAUUCCCUUAGAGUAUCACCUGCAGCACCACCCCCAACCCCCCCAGCAGCAACACUACCAUAUACAGUCAAACAACGCCUCAGUCGCCAUGUCCUCCCCUAACCCAGGCUUUAAAGCCUCGGAUUCUUCAGCCAGAGUGUGCCUCCUUGAAAGGGUGGAGCCGACCCCAGCCCAGCAGCAGCCCCCUCAGCAGCCCCCUGUCCAGCCAGCAGCGGAUCAGGCCUUAGCUUUGAGCCACGCUCCUGCCUCGGCUCCCAGCAACCCGUCUCACUUCAUGAAGGGAGCCAUCAUCCAGCUUGCUACUGGAGAGCUGAAGCGCGUGGAGGACCUGCAGACUCAGGACUUUGUGCGCAGCGCCGAGGUGAGCGGGGGGCUUAAGAUCGACUCCAGCAUGGUGGUGGACAUCCGUGCCAGCCAGCAGAAACCAGGUCUGGUUUCGCUUCACUUCACUGUGGGGGAGCAGCAGAGCAAAGUGACCAUCGACGUGCCCCCGGAGCACCCCUUCUUCGUGUUCGGGCAGGGCUGGUCGUCCUGCAGCCCCGAGCGCACGGCGCAGCUCUACGACCUGGCCUGCCACCCCCUGCAGGUGGGGGACGUGUGUGUGUCCAUCACUCUGCAGCAGCAGCCUCAGCCUCAGCAGCAGAAACAACCGCAGCACCAUAACUCACAACAGCAACAACAACAACAACAACAACAACAACAACAACAACAACAGCAGAACAUGUCCAGGACUUUAAGCAAGACCAAUGCUUCAUCAGGGCCUGGUCACCAGCUCAUGGGGCCCCCUGCCCCUCAACAGUCCCGGCCUCCAUCUCAUUUCAGGCUGGACCGCAUCCACAGAGAGAGACAGAGGGACGGUGAGAAGGAAGCAGUCGAUAAGGAGGAAGCCACGCAUUACGGGGCCGCUGGGCUCUCUGAGUCCCUCAUAAGACAGAGUAGGACCUCAGCAGAGCACCCCAGGAGCCACAGCAGUUACCACCUGCACACAGAGGGCUCUGCUUUUGCAGGGGCCGGGCUGGGAGCAAUGCAGGCUGCGCUAGGUGCUUCUCAGAGACGCUGGUCCUCACCUGGCCUCCAAAGAUAUGGUAUGAAGGGAGACGAAGGGCCACGCCCUCAAAUAAGCACCUCUGGCCACACGAGGCCCUCGUUCAUCCCCCAGGAGGUCAAACUGUCCAUUGAGGGGCGCUCUAAUGCAGGGAAGUAGCAUCACUUUUGGUAGCACGUGAAAGAGUCUGACAAGGAGAGAAAGAGGAAAAAAAGUGCGAAUGUAGCCUCAGAUUGUUUGAGAUUUUGCACACCUAGAUUAUACAAACAUACAAGACCUUUGUCUAUCUGGUGAGAAGUUCUGGUUUGUUGGGUUGUCACUCAGCCAAAGGACACGAGCCUGUGGUUUCCCAGCCAGCUCCCGUCUGACAGGGAGCUGACGAGCUGAGUAGAAAGUAUGUAGCGGAUCCGAUGCCCACCAUAGUCCUUUGCACACUGCAUUCCUCUUCCUCCCUCCCUCCUUUGUCGCCACUUCCUCAUUCCCAUGCUUGAGCUUACCAUCACAUUCAGACCACUCUUGUUUCCUUUUUGACCAAAUGGUCUCUUUGGAAGACCAAGGACUAUGAAGAAUGUGUUGGUAGCAGAGUGAAGCUACACCUCGGCAGGUUCUGAUGUUUUUUAAAGAUCCCAGCCAGCGAUCUUUCGUCUCCUCCAUUCCUAAGAUCCUGUUUUCUUCAGAAGCAUUUACCCAAAAAAGGAGUGCAGUUGCUGACGCAGCGGCUCCUGCAGUGCUGUUGGCACUGUUGACGCUAACUGUCAGGUUAUGUUACAUUAUGCUUUUCUGGCAUGAGAUAAAAAGCCUCUGCUGUCGGCAGAGAUAGCCUCUCCCCUCCUUCCUUUUCAGGAGGCGAGUCUGCAAAGAAUGAGAUCCUCUCUCAGGCGAAGUGUGGCACGUCCCACUUGUCUUACAAUCGAAAUAGUGAUAAAUCAAUCAAUGUGUCUGUUCAGCAAUCACUUUCUACUAAAAAAAAAAACGUGCUCAUGCCCUCUGGUUUAAUCUAUGUUUGUGAAUGUAUUUGCAUAAAAGCCAGAAAUUGGAACAAUGCUUUGUUCUCUAUGAUACGUAGAGAUAUCCUGCAUUCCAGUAUCAUCAGUGAGAAUAUCCAUAGUGUUGUCCUUUAGAAGAAUCACUUCCUCAGCACCACCCCCCCUCCUCUAUAUACCUCAAAGCUCUCCCCACCAAAAGCAAAUGUGUGUUUUUCAGAGGAGGCACUGGCUGGUCCGCACCAAAGCCACCUGUGAGAAUGAGUCAUGACCCUGAAUCCUGCAUGUGAGUGGGUCAGUGAUCAGGUUUUUGUCUUUGCUCCGUUAACAAAUGAAAGCAAUAUUUGUUUUACAGCACCCGGCCGUACGGCUCCCCCUCAGGGAGUCUGUCAUCGUGGGCUGUUUUAUAUCCAAGGUGUCAGAUCUGACCCUUUUUUGAACCCUGACCUUUAAAGGUGAUGCACUAUGUUGGUGUUCCUUCAGUAAUUCUACACAAGCAAUUAUGCAUGACCAAUUUCUCAAGAGCUCCUUGUAGAAGCUUCUCUUUGAUUCUCCAUCUCACUGAUGAUAUUUUAUCUCAAGUGCAUCUCCAAGUUGUGAUCAUUAUCUUGUGUUUAACAAACACGGUCCUUUGCUUUUGUACUAGGGUAUAUUGUAUCCAGUGGAUCUUAUGAUUGUCUUGGAUGAUGUCACUCAUUGAUUUCACACUGACCUUGUUGAUAGGGGUCACAGUUCAGUAGGUGUUUGUCAUUAAUGAAGGGAAUAUGUUUAAAGUAUUGUUGCCGGUGUUUUGUGGUGAGAGCGCCAAAAGAAACUGACUUUCUUUUUUUUUUAACUCUGUUUACAAAUUAGCCAAGAUGGAUGCUGCAGUUUCCUCCUUCUGACAGAUGUUCAUCCUUUGUCACUGGAAAAUCCAAAAGGGUGAAAUUGAAUAUAAGUGCAAUUAGACCACACAUGAAAUCAUUCAGAGGUUUAUAAUCAGACAGCAUUCCUCACGCAGACAUUCCCAUUGAAAAGUAAAUCACACAGUUCCCUUUUUCCUGAGCUUUAACCUCUGGGGAAACAUCGGGUCACUUCUCAUGCGUUGUGUUUCUUGGUUGUCAGUUCUGUGUGGUUUUAUUCUGUCCAUCAGCCCCAUAAAAAAGUGUUGUCAGUCUGUCCUCUCCAACUCUCAUGUUCUCCUCACCUCGUGGUUCUCUGAGUUAACCGCCUGACCCUCUGUCAGCAGGGCGGGGGGGGGGGGGGGGGGGUCCACAGAGACAGAAACACAUCAACUGUCUUUAUACGCAGCUUUAAAGGACAGGUUCACAUUUUUUUGAAAGUCUUUUAAAACUCGUCUGACAUGCCCUGUAGAUGUAGAUUGCCCUGUUACUCGAAUCACUUGAAAAAAAAAUGUCUCAUUCAUUAUAAAUAGUAGUGUUACAUAACGUGCUCUGUCAUUUGAGGCAGUCCUCACUGUUGCGACCUGAUUGUGUAUUUGCAAGAGUCUGGUAAUAAGAUGCAUAUCACCAUAGAGGCGUUACACUUCAAUGUGUCGCUAUAUUGAACGGCCAAGUAUUGGGAUUUCUAAUAUAUCAUAUUAGGAAAACUAUCGUAUAACGAGCACACGGCCAUAUGCAUUGAUCUAAGUAAGCAUCAGAACAGUGGGAUUUGUAUAUUAUUGUAAUACUCAAGUAUCAAUAUGUUUUAACCCUCUCUAUUGUAUUAAUCUAGGCUUGAAAAAUGUGAACCUUUCCUUUUUAAAAUGCUCAGCAACGGGGGUCGAAGUCAAGAACACGUCUAACCAUCAGAGGCUCAUCACAUCUGGUUCCUGCUGUAAGCAAUAUACAUCAAACCUGCAAGCGUCUCACUCAGUCGUGGCAUCUUCUAUGCAGUAAACUCAGUAUUCUACGCUUCAUUGUCUUAAGUUCAACUCUGUGAAGCAGUAGGGCAGAUGCAGUCAUUUGAGUCUAAUGUCUGGUUAUAGAAUGUUGCUUUAAUGACCUUUUUGUAAUACAAACCAGUAUUUUGCUUUGCUAGUUAAUUUUUUUCUCGGUAGUCCCCACAUUCCUAUAGUCCAGGAAGCUUUUACUGUCGGAGAAAAAGCACUCGAGUGUCACUCUUUUUCUUGUGUUCUGUAAGCAUUAAUUUUGCCCCAAUUGCUACACCACUUCAACAUUUAGUUCAUCACAAUGCAUUUGUUGGGGUUUAAAUAGUGUUGACCCCCUGUUGACCCUCACUGCAGACCCUCCUGUUCUGCCUCGAGCCUUUUGUGUUUUUGUUCUUUUUUUAGCAGUGUCAGCCACGUUAAGCAGAAAAGCUUCUUCUACCAAGAUGUCCGAUAAUUCGUAUUCACAUCACUGAUCGUCUGUUGCUGUAAGUAAUUGCACUAAACCCCCUCCUUUUACAGUGUUUUCAACUUCUAACUGUUGGUUAAAUUGAAGAGUUUGAAAAUGUAAAGCACACAAAAUCACAGAGAAAUUGCAGGUUGUGUGUGUUUCUGUAGAUAGCUGCUUUUUUUUUUGUUUGUAUAGAUAGCUUUGAUGAUGCUUGUCGAUAAUGCCUUAAACUCUGCUUUGUACAAUGUGUGAAAUCGAAAUAAUGGAAUAAGGCUUCUGGUAAACGUGCUGUUCCCUUUUGAGACUAAGAGCAAAUCAGAAAUGUCUCGCUCUGACACUUUCACGCUUCGGAGCACAAAUCCAUAUCUCUCAAAGGGUGGCGGUGUAUUCCUUUUUGGGCUCAAGACAGUUCUUCUAUGAAACCUGCAACUCUGUGUUAGCGUGCCGUUUUUCUUCUUCUUUAUAAAUUCCUUUACAUUUUUAAUACACUCUUUUACUUGCCUUUAAUUCCUGUUGUGUGUAAAUGGAAGCUCUUCUCCGCACUUUUUACAAGGUGUUUACAAGUGUCAGCAAAGAAGGGCAGUCCAUUAUUUCCAAACACACGCUAAUGUUGUUUUUAUGGUUGCACAAGUUCAGUAGUUUUUUUUACCCUUUUGAAUUAAUGGAUAGUGUUUGAUGUCUUGUGCCCCCCCCCCCCAGUCUCUGGACAACAGACUCUAGGUUUUUAGUAAUAGGAUAAGACAGAUAGCGCUCCAUCGGUGGUGAUGUCAUGGUUUAUCAAGUCUUGUGAGGCUGGCAGUGGGGAUCGUAACUCCUCUUGUGAACUACUUCCUGUUUGAUCCAGCAUUUAAUGCAAAAGUGAAUCUAGGAAGAUGUAGGUGUUGCUGAUGUCCAGUUAAAUCGGGAAAAACAAGAACGGUUAAAAGUUUUUAGAGAAGUGUAUUUUCAGAUUUAUUUUUGGCACAAGGCUUUUUAAGUGACGUGCAACUAUCAAAAAACAGCAUCUUUUUAUUUUUUAAAAUGCCUAAAUCUGCAAAAUAUAUGCAAUGAUGUAAAUGUAACAUUCAAUCCUCAAGUAUAAUCCAGGUUGUUGAACUUUGUAUAGUGAGUUUUAAUAUCGUAUGGCCGUACCAAUAUGUAUUGAUCUUUAUCAGAAGCCUUAGAGUUGUCGACCGAAAGUGCUCCCUUAGAAUACCCUACACCUACCUGACUUUAACAAAGCAUUAAUAUCUCUAUUUUGUUUCAUUUCUGUUUGUACGGUUUUUGAAUAAAAUAGAUUUGUACUGUAUAUUUGUACCUCUCUGCGAACUACUUAGGGCGGUUUUGUUUUUGUUUUGCUGUUUUAAUUCUAUGUACUUUAAGGACACAAAGAUAUUGUAUUUUUAUUGUUACAGCUAACUUGGAGACAUUGCAUUUACCAUGUUUGUUAAGUAAACACAAUAUAAUAUAUAUAUAUAUAUA